AAUCACGAAAUAUUCUGCGAGAGGUAUGGCCGCUGAAACCACUUCAGAAGACGUCAAACUAGCAGCAAGUUUCAAGGAUGCAUCAAAGUUGGGGAUUGAUCAAAAGAGCGGCAUUCCACGUAAGGUCAAAGGCACACUCACUUGGAGAUUGGAACUUAAACGGACCAAUGAUGGUUUCUGGAUUUCUGCAUUCUUUAAAGGAGCUUCUAAAAAGAAAAUUAGUAUCAAGGCUGAAUUCACACUUUUAUGUGCAGGUCAAGAACCACUCAACAAAACGGAAAAAAAAGAUUCAGAUUGUACAAAAAAGUCUACAGAAUACGAAGUUUGCGCCAUGUUUACUGAAUGUGAAACUGAAAAUCACUUUGAAAAAGGUUCCGACUUGCGAUUUGAAGUUGAAUUAACAAUAGUCAUGGAAAACAGUUCUAAAAAGUCAAGUGUUAAACCAAAACCUGAAGCCAAACAAGAACCCACCAAAGAGAAUGAUAAAAUUGUGGGCAGUGAAUCGAUGAUGUUAGACCAACUCACGUCCAAACUUUUCUUGAAGGCUUCGGAAGGAGCUCGGAUCAUUAGCAAUGAAAUUAUCAAUGAUCUUCUCGAUAUUGCAAACAGGUUUGAUGUACCCGAGGUGAAGACAAAGUGUGAGCAGUUUCUUCUAGAAGAUUUGAAAAAGGCGCUAAAAGAAAAAAUGGAAACCGCAGAAAAGUACGAGCUCGACUGUUUGCAGGCAGUUAAAUCGGCAGAUGAUGCUCUGGCCAACUCGCUUGAAAAAUUGGCUAUAAAGUAACUGACGAUCGGACAAAUGAUUCCGUUUUAGUUUUAUCUAAUCAACACUGUCUUUAAUUUUUAUACCAAAUUUAUAAAUCACAUAUUCAACUUGUCCAA